UCUGAUGAUUUGCUCUUUAUAUAAUCCCAAACUGUACAAACUACUGUUUAUUUUAUUAUAAAAUAUUUUAAUCUUUUAAGACAAUUUUUACAAUUGUACUACAUAUUACAGUUGUAUUUUCCACUUGCAGGCACAGAUGAUAUUCUCACCAUCAGUGAUAUUAGUGGUAGUAUCCAUCAUAGUGAGAGUCAUGGGACAAUACGCAGAUGAAGUCGAUGAACUCUUUGACCCUUGGAAAGAUAACUGCGAGUCGAUGAAUCCGGGAAACUUUACCAACUCUUCGGUGAUCCCUCGUGAACCUCCGAUGCCCUACCGGGUGUCGCUCAGCAAGACGGAGAUCACAAACCAGCAAGGGGUUUAUGUCACACUGGCUGCCUCGGGCAAAAACACAUUCCAGGGGUUCAUGAUCCACGCCAUAGACUUAGGGACAGGAGAAGCUACAGGCCAGUUCGAUAACCAUGAUGAGGAUAUUGAUGUCUUCACGUGUUUUGGCCAUUUGGAUAGCACAGCUAUGCACGUUAAUAACACUGACAAAAAUUCAGUGAAGCUGAGAUGGGUUCCAGAUAAUGACGAAGUGACUUUUGUCAAUUUUUACGUUACAGUGGCAGAGAUUGUGAACCCUCUUCGAAACUACUGGAUGCGACAGAAAGCUGGUUCAAUGAAAAUCGUCAAGACGCUAAGAUCAUUUUGACAUGUACAAAGACUUUUCAAACACUUUUGCUACACAUAAUUUCUCUUCAUACUAUUAGAUAAUACAGAAGUUAUCGUAAAUAACUCAUUGAAAAAUAAUCAUCUUGUCUUGUAGUGUUAGGCUAUGUAAAGCAACUAUAUUUAUUGACUAGCUGUGUGCCCGUUCUACGCACGGGGAUCUUAUCGUAGCCAGUUGAAACCUUCUUAUAUUAAGAACAGCAGUUGAUUUGAAUAUUUUCAGAUAUGCUGGCAAAACAAUUAUAGAUAAACCUUCGCAAAUACAGUAUCUGG